AAAAGCCUAGGAGCGUCGUGAUGGAACGUUCCUCUUCCAGUUCCAGUCUUCCCCUUCCCCCGGCGCCUCGCCAAUCCAAAAAUCCAAGAGAAACCACGCCCGCGGACAAGGCACAACGACCCCGGGCUCCCCUGAGCUCGGCUCGUCCCCCCACUUCCGCGUCGACCCCGAGCAAGUGGCAGUAGCAAGCCUCUCCGCCCACUCUGAUGGCUCUGGUGACCUCGGGCUCGGGCGCCGGGCCGGUGAUCAACGAGGUGGAGAUGAACGGCGGCGCCGACCCAAGCGCGACCACCGUGCGCGCCACCGUCGUGCAGGCCUCCACCGUCUUCUACGACACCCCCGCCACUCUGGAUAAAGCAGAGAGAUUGAUAGAAGAGGCGGCUGGGUAUGGUUCACAGUUAGUUGUGUUUCCGGAAGCUUUCAUUGGAGGCUACCCUCGAGGAUCCACUUUUGGUUUUGGGAUCAGUGUCAGUAUUGCUAAUCCAAAAGACAAGGGAAAGGAAGCAUUCCGGAGGUAUCACGCAGCUGCUAUAGAUGUGCCUGGUCCAGAGGUGACACGCUUGGCUGCUAUGGCUGGAAAAUAUAAGGUUUUCUUGGUGAUGGGGGUGAUUGAAAGGGAAGGUUAUACACUUUACUGUUCGGUUCUCUUCUUUGAUCCUCUUGGCCGUUACCUGGGUAAGCACCGCAAGCUCAUGCCUACAGCAUUAGAGAGAAUUAUAUGGGGAUUUGGAGAUGGAUCGACGAUUCCUGUUUAUGACACUCCACUUGGAAAGAUUGGGGCCCUCAUUUGCUGGGAAAAUAAAAUGCCACUUUUGAGAACAGCGCUUUAUGGUAGAGGUAUUGAGAUAUAUUGUGCCCCCACUGCUGAUUCCAGGCCUGUUUGGCAAGCCUCCAUGACACAUAUUGCUUUGGAGGGGGGAUGCUUUGUCUUGUCAGCAAACCAAUUCUGCCGCAGAAAGGAUUAUCCUCCCCCACCGGAGUAUGAGUUUGCUGGUUUCGGUGAAGAGCCCUCUGCAGACACUGUUGUUUGCCCUGGAGGCAGCGUUAUCAUUUCUCCAUCUGGAGAAGUCUUGGCAGGUCCCAACUACGAAGGAGAGGCACUGAUUACAGCUGAUCUUGACCUGGGAGAAAUUGUUCGGGCCAAAUUCGACUUCGAUGUUGUGGGCCACUAUGCUCGGCCUGAGGUCCUGAGCUUGGUAGUGAAUGACAAACCGCAGCUCCCUGUGUCUUUCACGUCUGCUGCUGAGAAGAUUACUCCAACUGCAAAGAGUGAUGGCAUCGUUAAAUCCUACCGAAUUACUGAUUAACGAUGAGCAUCGAAAUCUGUUGCUCCAAUGUCUAGGAGAAGAUGAUUCCAUGUCCCCUGGUGGUUGGGUCUGUCUUGGAUGUGAGUUGUAGCUUUUGAACUCUUGCCUCUCUAAUGAAUGUACAAGAAGGGGCGGGGAGGGGGACGAGCUUAUGCUUCUUGUAAAGACUUGUAGAAGGAAUGUACAGGUGUCUCAAGGAUCUACGCAAGCUGUGCCCUCUCAACAAAAUAAUCCUCGCAGUGGCUUCUGUAUCUUACCGUGCCCUUUUAUGCUACCAAAGUGAAUAUUCGUUUCUCGAA